AUGCAGGGUGCUGCUACCACCUCCACUCUACUUUUUCUUAUUCUCCCCUCCGUCCUAUUCUUCUCCUUCUUUCCCCAAAUGAUCAAUGGAGACUGCUGGCUCAUUGAGGGGGACAAAGGCUAUGUGUGGCUGGCUAUCUGCAGUCAAAACCAGCCGCCGUACGAGACUAUCCCCCAGCACAUCAACAACACUGUCCAUGACUUGCGAUUGAAUGAGAACAAGCUGAAAGCAGUGCUCUUCAGCUCCAUGUAUCGCUUCACGAACCUGACGGACCUCAACCUCACCAAGAAUGACAUCGGCUACGUCGAGGAUGGAGCCUUUGCGGGACAAGCCAACCUACAGGUUCUUCAGCUGGGUUACAACAAGUUGACAAACUUAACUGAGGGUAUGAUGAGAGGGCUCGGCCGCUUGCAAUGCCUCUUCCUCCAGCACAACCUCAUUGAGGUUAUUUCUAGCAAUGCAUUCUGGGAGUGCCCCAGUCUCAGCAGCAUUGACCUGUCAUCCAACAAACUUGGACGCAUUGACCCGUCCACAUUCACAGUUCUCAGCCGGCUGAUGGUGUGUGAACUGGCAGCAAAUCCAUUCCAUUGCGGCUGUGAUCUGUACAGCUUCAUCACCUGGUUGGAUAGCUUCAACAAUGUAACACACACCUACGAUCGCCUCCAGUGUGAGACGCCCCGGGAGAUGUUUGGCUACCCCUUACUAAUCGCGGCUGGGCAUGCUGGUCGGAAUGCCAAAAACAUCUUGUACCAUCACUGCCGAGAUGGAGUGAUGAUUCCUGGAAUGACCUCUCUCCCACCAGAUCUGGAUGGUCCUUCCGGGAUUGGACCUGAGAUGUUUGGAGGUGUGGGGCCCACCACGUCUUCCUCAUCAACUGAAAACAGCUUCAUUCCCAGCAUCAAGCUCCAUCAUGUCUCUUUGUCAUCAGCCUCUCUUCUCGUGCAAAUUCCAAGGCCCUACAGCAAAAUGUAUAUUCUAACACAAUACAACCACACGUUUGUGUCCGAUGUCAUGAAUUUGAAAAACACAAAGGAGAUGAUCACCCUUAACAAGCUCAAGCAACACACCAAUUACACCUUCUGUGUAGCAUCCAUCCGGAACUCUCAACGUUACAACCACACCUGCCUUCAGUUUUCCACCCGCUCCCAAAUUCAAGAUGAAAUGCUCCCCACACCUUCCACCGCGACUCACUAUAUAAUGACCAUUAUCGGCUGCCUUUUUGGCAUGCUCAUUGUGUUAGGCAUCGUCUACUAUUGUCUACGUAAGAAACGGAGGCGUGAAGACAAGAGGAAGUCCAUCUGCGUCAAGAAAACGAUAUUGGAAAUGCGCUAUGGACCAGAGGUAGCGGCAGCAGUGGCAAAUGAUCCAUUGGCAGUCCACAAGCUUCAGGAGCAGUCCAGAGAGCAUCACCAGUAUCAGCACCAUCACGGAGGCAAACUUCCCAUGUCCGCAUCCUCUAGCUCCGGAAUGCUCCACUCAGCCAAUACCAGUUCCUCCAGACUUUCUUCUAUCCCGCAAGUGGAAAAGAUGGCAACUGCAUUUUCAGAGGCCAUCGCUACAAGUAAAGGAAACUAUAUGGAUAUCAGAACUGGAGGGGCAGGGAUGGAGAGGGUGGGAGAUGGUGGGCAUGGAGGGAUGGAUUUGAGGGACGAUGAUGGAACUGAUGUUGGUGAUGACUCCGAUGAUGACGGACAUGGCUCAGCGUCAGAGAUUUCCACUAUUGCCAUGGAGGUGGAUAAGGUUAACCAGAUAAUUAACAACUGCAUUGAUGCUCUCAAACUGGAUGCAGCAGCAGUUGCUGCUUCAGGGGCCUCUACUCACCCUACAGCCUGCUCUAAUCCCACCUCCCCUCCCCCAACCAGCGCAUCCUCCCUUACUCGUGGCCUAAUCCCACUCUCCCAAGGGGUGACAGAGAAGUGCCAAGUCCUAACUCCGAACAAAAUACCCUCUCCGCCUCCACUCCCUUCCUUGAAUGCCCCUCUCUCUGAGCGCCCAGGGAUCAGUGGUGGUGGCUUUGUCAUCACACCCCCCUAUAGGCCCCCUCCACCAGCCACAGACGUAUGUCCCAUUCAACGGCAAAUGAGUGCAGAUGCAGCUGUGGUUAUUGUAAAUGCUGUCAAGAAACAGUGCAGCACCACGUCUUGUGGCUCUAUGAGUCGGGAUAGGGAAAGUGGAGGAGCACGGGUCUAUAGCCUGGAUGUUCCUGAGCCUCGGAGCCCAGAUGCCUGUAAUCAACAACAGCAGCAGUACCCAGACCGGCACAGUCCUGUGGGCUGCGGUGAGCCCCUGGAGAGGCUGCCCUUAGUCAGGAGUGGGAGCUGCUGUGGAGGGGGUGGUGGUGGUUGCGACAGUGGUGGUGUUGGUGCCCAACAUCAGGAAAACCAGAAGCCCCACCAUUACCAUCAACAGCAACAAAUCCAGCAGCAGCAGCAGCUAGAGGUGCAGCAAGACUACCACUGCUCGGAGCACCGCCACUCCGUCCCAGCUCUAUAUUAUGAAGGGUCCCACCAAGGCUCCCCAGCCCAGAAGGUUUCCUUCCUGAAGCCCCUGACACGCUCCCGCAGGGAUGCGGCCUCUUACUCCCAGCUUUCGCCUGCCCGCCACCAUUCCAGUUACUCUGGCUACUCCUCCGGCCCAGAGUACUCCUCAGAGAGCUCACUGCGGAUCUGGGAGCGAUUUCGUCCCUACCGAAAAGGUCAGCGCGAUGAGGCUUGCUAUGUGUCGGCCGGAAACGCCCUUCGAAAAAAGGUGCAGUUCGCUAAAGGCGAGGACCUGCAUGACAUCCUUGAUUAUUGGAAGGGGGUGUCAGCUCAGCAGAAGCUGUGA